AGAAACGUGUCGUUUAACAAAACAUCGGAGUGUUCUCUACAACUGUUUGAUCAGUGGUACUGACGCGACCCGCGCGUGUCGCGAUACCGAGCCCGUUGGCACUGUAGUGCAACCUGUGUGCAAACAACCUCACUACUACACACCUAUAGAACUGCCGUACAUGCACUGUGAGGACGGCAGAUGGAACGCCUGGCCAACUUGUAUGCCGGAAUGCGGUCUACUCACACCCAAGGGUACUGAAGUUACAAGAUCAGGGGUACCUUGGCAGGCAACAGUCUACUACAAGAAUAUAAUUGAUGCAACCCACGAGCAUAUCUGCAGUGGCGCCCUCAUCAGUAACUCUGUAGUUUUAUCAGCUGCUCAUUGCUUCUGGAAUGAGGAUACAAAAUCGAAAUCUGAUGAAACUAACUACGCAGUCGCUGUCGGAAAAUUAUACAGUGAUUGGAAUCACCCUGAUGAUGAAGAGUAUACCCAGAGGUCUGAUGUGAAGAAGAUAGUAAUACCAAAGGAGUAUCGCGGUGAUGAAACUCAUCACAAAGACGACAUCGCGGUUGUGGUGGUGACGAGGUCAUUUGAAUACCAGCAUCAUAUCAGACCAAUUUGUUUAGAUUUUAAACAGGAAUUGUAUAACAAGCAACUAGUAAAGGGAAAUAUAGGAAAGUCUGCUGGCUAUAGUCUGUCAAGGAAUGAGGUAUCAAUUCCGAAAACAUUACAAUUGCUAGAUCUACCUUUUGUAUCAAAUGACGAUUGCUUCAUCAAAUCUAGUGACAAAUUCUGCGCUGGGAAUGUUAACGGGCCAGGUUUAUGUGGAGCAGACAGCGGUAGCGGUAUUAUAUUCCCAGCUACUUUACAAAAUACUACCAGAUUCUACCUUCGGGGUGUCGCCUCUGUUACUAUUAAUGUAACCGCGCGUUGCAAAUCAUAUACAACUUUUAAUUCUAUUUCGAAGUAUCAAAACCUCAUCAAAACUUACUGGUUUCUUUAAUUAAAUACGAUAAUGUCCA